CUCCCUGAGAGGGAGACAUGGGGCCAGACACCCGCACCCACGGGUGCUGCGCUUGCCAAGGCUGAGGCAGGAGAAGGCCGCGCCCAUGGGGUCUCAGCAACCGCCGCUGGCCGCCCUGUACCUGCUCGGGGUGCUGGUCACUUCCUGCCUCGGAGGGCCCAACUGGGAGGACCCAGGGUUCCAGGUGAGACUAGGAGCCUCCAACUCACGGUGCCAGGGCCAGCUGGAGGUCUAUUUCAGGGGCUCGUGGUACACGGUGUACAGCCGGAGCUGGAGCCGGAGCCCGUACCACCAGCAGGACCUCAAGCAGGCCUCGAAGCUCUGCCAGAAGCUGCUGUGCGAGAAUGCCUUGGUCCUGGCCCACGUGCCUUACUUCAACAGUCCCAGCAAACAGAUCACCUGCAUGGGACAACUAGGAUCUUUCUCCAACUGCAGCAGCACAGACUGGAAGGAACCUCUGGGCCUGAUCUGCUCAGAGCCACUGAAGACAACACCUCCGCCCACGAGCCCCCCGCCCACAACCACUCCAGAGCCCACAGCUCCUCCCAGGGUGCAGCUGGUGGCAGGGCCCGGGGGCCUGCGGUGUGCGGGCGUGGUGGAGUUCUACAGCGGCAGCCAGGGUGGCACCAUCAGCUACGAGGCCCAGGACAAGAUCAAGGACCUGGGGGACCGCAUCUGUGACGCCCUCCGGUGUGGCUCCUUCCUGAAGCAUCUGCCGGAGGUGGAAGCAGCCCCGGUACAAGACGCAGGGGAGAGCAGGCCCUUGCCAAUCCAAUGGGAGAUCCAGAACGCGAGCUGUACCUCCCUGGAGCAGUGCUUCAGAAAAGUGCAGCCCUUGGAGGGCGGCCAAGUUCUCGCCCUCAUCUGCUCUGAGUUCCAGCCCAAGGUGCAGAGCCGCCUGGUGGGGGGCAGCGGCGUGUGUGAAGGCUCCGUGGAGGUGCGCCACGGCAAGCAGUGGGAGGCUCUGUGCGACAGCACCUCGGCCAGGGGCCCAGCACGGUGGGAGGAGGUGUGCCAGGAGCAGCAGUGUGGCCACAUCAACUCCUACGUGCAGGAUGCCGGAGAGAAGACCUCCCGGGGGGUCUUCUGUCCCCAGGAGAAGCUGUCCCAGUGCCACCAGCUUCAGGAGAAAAAAUCCUUCUGCAAGAGGGUGUUUGUCUCAUGCCAGGAUCCAAACCCAGCGGGCCCAAGCGCAGGCACGGUGAUGAGCAUCAUUCUGGCCCUUGUGCUCCUGGCGGUGCUGCUGGUGGUGUGCGGCCCCCUCGUCUACAGGAAGCUGCUGAAGAGAUUCCGCCAGAAGAAGCAACGCCAGUGGAUUGGCCCGACGGGAAUGAACCAGAACAUGUCUUUCCAUCGCAACCACACGGCGACUGUCCGGUCCCAGGUUGAGAACCCGACAGCCUCACACGUGGAGAACGAAUACAGUCAGCCUCCCAGGAACUCCCACAUCUCAGCUUAUCCAGCUCUGGAAGGGGCCCUGCAUCGCGUCUCCACCCAGCCUGAUAACUCCUCCGACAGCGACUAUGACCUGCACGGGGCUCAGAGGCUGUAAGAGAUCCGGGAACCAGGAACGAAACUUCAAGGCCAGACCUUUUGUCCUGAGAAUACUCUGCAUCCACUGCUUGGAAAUGAUGUGCUGAUUCCUGCCCCAGCCAGAACAUGGAUGGAGGCAAGAUGCCCUUCAAAUGCAUCCUCCCACCCGCCCGGCGUUGCAGCCAGCUCUGCCGUCUCCCCGCUGGCGCCUGGCCCACGUGGAGACGCCCAGCACCGCUCGGC